AUGAAAUACCUUUGUAUAUAUAAUGAUUCUUCAAAGUUAUCAUACAGAGUUAUUUACCAGUAGGAACUGAAAGUUGCCGAGCUUACAAGAUGUUGUUGAUAUUUGUGGUACUGAUGAUAACAAUACAGUGUGGAUCAUGUGACAAGGUGUCACCAAAACCAGGUCUGAAAUUAUUCAGAGAGGAUUAUAAAAGCGUGGAGGAGACCUGCCUGGCUGUGGGAUUCGUCAGAAACAACUGUAGAAAUACUACUGAGACGAACCACCGAGCGGUUGCAUUUGAUGUUCGAUUAAAAGAUGAUAAAAGAAAUCUUGCAACAAAAGCUCGGGUUGUGUUCGAAACGGUUGAUCUGAACGAAGGACAGGGAUACAACGUCUCUACCGGAAUUUUCAUAGCCCCUAGCGGCGGGAUCUACGUGUUUGACUGGACCACUCUUACAUUCCUAGGCAAGAUUGCCUACACUUCACUUGUCGUGAAUGACCAGUUUAAAUCAUGGAACUAUUGUCGUGACGUGAAUUCUAAAACCCACCUUCUUUGUAGCAAAAUGACAGUUGUGAAGCUAAAGCAAGGAGAUAAAGUUUGGAUCGGAGUUUUUGGUGGACCAACUAAUCUAAAUAGUCAGUACACGUCAUUCUCUGGCUAUAAACUGUAAUUGAUAAUAAAGAAUUACAAGUCUUUUCUUGGUUAGUCCUUACUGAUAAAU